AUGCGUCACAGCUGCGAUGGAGGACGUGCGGCGGCGAGGCGACGAGUGGGAGCUCGGCUGCACGCGAGGAAGGGUGGUCGAAGGGAUGCGAUGACGGUGAAGCAGACGCGUGAUGCUGACUUCCCAAACCAAGACAUCAAAACCCUAGUCCUAGCUUCUUUGCCGCCGGCGUCCCCAGGCUCAGCGCUUCCGCUUCUUCCUCUUCCCUCUGUCCGGAACCUAGGUAGCUCGGCACGUCGUCCCCAUCCUCGCUGGCUUCUCUAUCCGUGGCCAGGGAAAAAUGCGGAAUCGAAGUCCAAUCACAAGUUAGAUAAAAAUGUUCAAUUUUACUCUAAGGUGAAAGAUGCUGUGGCUUGCUUGAGUGCUCAAAAGUCUAUUACUAAGGCUCAUUUUCUUGGACUAAAACGGAAUCUCAUUCCUCAAGCAACUCCGAUUUCUUUUGUGGAGCUGAUUUUAACUAUCAUAAAAUUUCUCUCAGGGGGCUGUUGGAUUAGCAAUAUGGGUUCCCUCUGUGACAAACCGGAAGAAGGAAAUUGACAACAAAUCUGAUACAAGAAACUCACCUAAAGGAUAUUCUCCAGUUUCACCUGCUGAUGAAAAUGAAGAUAACUGGAGACAGGCAAAUGCUGCUGAUGGUUUAGAACUCUCUGUUGUUGGUGAUGCUGCUGAUCAUGAAGCAAUUGACGAGGAACUUCAUCUCGAAAAUCUUAAGGUUUCUCAGGCCAUGUCUGACAGCUAUUUGAAGGUUUCAUCAUCUGCAACCCUGAAAGAUGCAAUCCAAUGCAUUCAUGAUGGCCACCAGAAGUGUGUGCUAGUGGUCGAUCAAGAAGGUUUUCUCGAAGGAAUACUGACAUAUGGUGACAUCAGAAGGUGUCUUCCCGAGAAGUCUAGUGACACUUCUAUGAGGGAUUCAGGAUUUGUGGAUGUAUGUAGAAAGUGCUUCUGCUCUUUAUAUAUUUAAAAAUCAUUCUGCAAAUUAUUCUGGGAUUAGUAUAUUUUCCCCCUUGUU